AUGCCUAGCCCCCCAAGGGAGCGUCAGAGUCCCUCUCGCUCCAGGGGGUCUCACGCGGGCUCGUGUAGGGGAGACCCUGGGGGCCCCCUCUGCUGGUCCUCGCCCUCGCCUCCGUCUACCACGGAUGUUUCCCGCCGUGGAAUCAGUCCUGCAGGAGCUAAUGCAGCUCAUCCUGCUACUCAGGGAACUACCUCAGCUAUGCACAGGUUCCCUGCUGACGUGGGGGGCCCAAGGGCGGAUUCCAGGGGCCUAGCGAGGGGGCCCCAAGGGGGGUUCGCUGCAGAGCCCUACUCCUACGAGGAGCCAACCCGUGCAACCACUCCCCAGGCCAGCGUCAAAGAAGACGUGACAAGUACCCUCAACCUCAGGGGAGCCCGACGGGGCAUUCAGGGGCAAGCGGUUUUCUCGCAAGUUGCUGCUGACCGCGAGGUGUAUGUCCACCUGACAGACGCAGAGUCAGGCAGCAGCGCAGAUGAAGGGGAAAGGACCUCCCCGGGGUCGCGUUUUAGGGGGUCUCCGCGAGGUUAUCAAGGGAGGCCUCGUUGGGGGCGGGGCCUUGAAGGCUGGAGGUCCCGUUUGGAAAGGAUGGCAUGGUGGCUGAGUCUGUACUUUAACCUAAUACGCCGGCGGCUUGCUUUGGGCCUGAGGUUUCUGGUUUUUUGGAUUAAGACUAACGAAAGGCAGCUGAAGGUACUCCUCUACACCGCAGGGCUUCUGGUUUCCUCCACUGGAAACACCAUAGCCUUCAAGCGCAUGCUGGACAAGAUGCCGAACUAUUCGGGAUUUUUGAACCAACUCACAAACUUCGUCUUCAUCCCGGUGUUUGCGGCCUUCUGCCUCUACCAAUACUCAGUCGGGAAGCUGUCGCAGGAAGUGCUAAGCUUUCCCAAAAAGAACUUCGCCCUCAUGGGGUGUCUCGACGGGGUUUGCGGCAUUAUGUCGGUCGUAGGCGGCGUCCAUACUUCAGGGACAGCGCAGGUGGUUUUGUCUCAGUUGGGUAUCCCAGUGAUGCUUAUCCUCUGCCGCUUCAUGCUGGGCAAGAAGUACAACGCUAUCCAGCACUUGGGGGCGGCGGUGAUUAUAUUUGGUGUCCUAGUUGUUGAGAGUCCCGGCUUGUUGCACCCGAGCAAAGAAGACAGCAGCAAUAUUCCUUUUUUCAACCUUUUAUUUUUGUUGUCUAUUCUUCCCAGCAGCCUGUCAUACGUGGUGAAGGAGAUAGCUUUCCGGGGCGUCCAAAUGAACACUUCAUUUCUGCAGUUCUGGGUGGCCCUCUUUCAAUUUUUUGUCGGGUUUGUCCUCUUGCCGCUCACAUCUCUUCCACUUCUCGGAAAGGAGGUUGUUCCUUUAGGGGAAUUGUGGAACCGCUUGCUGGAUGGCGGCAAAUGCCUAAUUGGCACGGACACUAUUGUGCCGCCUGAUUGUGGCUUCCUCACAGGAGUUCCCUGUGAUUCUUGCCAGGGAGCAUGGAUUGAAGUUUUCGUUUAUGUCUUGUUCAACUUAAUAUACAAUGUCUGCUCGAUGCUUGUUUUGAAACACUGUGGAGCCACAGUAUUGUUCCUCGUGAUGACUGUUCGCCUUCCGUUGACUUCAAUGGCCUUCUACUCUCCGCUGAUUGUGGGUGACAGCGCGGUUCCGGCAAAGGCCACGGACUUCUUUGGUCUGCUGAUUUUGCUUGUGGGCCUUCUGGCGUUCCGUUUGGGCGGACACAAAGCAGCGAGGAGAGACGGCGAAGAUGGCGAAGAUGAGGAAGGGGAAGGCAGCUUGGAUCAAGACAUUACAGCAACUGCAGAGGUUGCACAUGUGCACAUCAAGGUUCUCGCCAGCGACCCAAGCAUUCGAAAUGACGGAUACUUCCAGUAA